AGCUUAACAAAUGGCAGCACAGUGUGUGACAAAGGUGGAGCUGACUAUUGCCUGCACCAAUCUCUUGGAUAAAGACGUUGGUUCCAAGUCAGACCCACUGUGUGUGCUUCUCCAGAACACAAGUGGUCAGCAGUGGUAUGAGGUUGAUCGCACAGAAAGAGUUAAGAAUUCCUUAAACCCAAAGUUUGCCAAGAAAUUCCUAAUUGAUUACUAUUUUGAGCUUGUUCAGAAACUUAAAUUUGGAAUAUAUGACAUCGAUAAUAAAACCUUUGAUCUGAAUGAUGAUGACUUCUUAGGAGAAUUUGAAUGUACAUUGGGACAAAUAGUUUCUAGCAGGACUCUAACAAAACCAUUAGUACUUAAAAAUGGCAGACCUGCUGGAAGAGGAAGUAUUACGAUUACAGCAGAAGAAGUGAAGGAUAACAGGGUGGUUGUGUUGGAAGUAGAAGCAAGGAAACUGGACAAUAAGGAUUUUUUUGGAAAGUCAGAUCCUUAUCUGGAAUUCCACAAGCAGACUGGAGAUGGAAACUGGGUGAUGGUUCACAGAACAGAGGUCAUUAAAAACAACCUGAAUCCUGUUUGGAGGCCCUUUAAAAUCUCUCUCAAUUCUCUGUGUUACAGUGACAUGGAUAAGUCAAUCAAGGUUGAGUGCUAUGACUAUGAUAGUGAUGGGUCUCAUGAUCUCAUAGGAAGUUUUCAAACUACGAUGUCAAAACUGAAGGAAGCAUCUCGGUCCUCACCUGUUGAAUUUGAGUGCAUCAAUGAAAAGAAAAGACAGAAGAAAAAAAGCUAUAAAAACUCUGGCAUUGUGAGCGUUAAGCACUGUGAGAUCAUAGUAGAAUGCACAUUCCUUGAUUACAUCAUGGGUGGGUGUCAGCUGAAUUUCACAGUGGGGAUAGAUUUUACAGGCUCCAAUGGAGACCCUCGCUCUCCAGACUCUCUGCAUUACCUCAGCCCUAAUGGAGUCAAUGAAUACCUAGCAGCCAUUUGGUCUGUAGGAAUGGUCGUUCAGGAUUAUGAUACAGAUAAGAUGUUUCCAGCCUUUGGAUUUGGUGCACAAAUUCCUCCUUCCUUUCAGGUGUCACAUGAGUUCCCGUUAAAUUUUAACCCAUCAAACCCAUUCUGUAAUGGAAUCCAAGGUAUUGUUGAUGCAUAUCGGGCUUGUCUUCCUCAAGUGAGGUUAUAUGGGCCGACAAAUUUUUCUCCAAUUAUAAAUCAUGUGGCAAGAUUUGCUGCUGCAGCUACGCAACAGCAAACAGCAUCUCAAUACUUUGUACUUCUGAUCAUAACGGAUGGUGUGAUAACAGACCUUGAUCAAACUCGAACUGCCAUAGUUAAUGCUUCGAAGUUGCCCAUGUCCAUUAUCAUUGUUGGUGUUGGAGGAGCAGACUUCGAUGCUAUGGAGUUUCUUGAUGGUGACAAUGGAGUUCUUAGAUCCUCGUCUGGAGAACCAGCUGUCAGAGACAUUGUCCAGUUUGUGCCGUUCAGGAAGUUCCAAAAUUCUCCAAAAGAAGCUCUGGCGCAGUGUGUCCUGGCAGAAGUCCCGCAGCAAGUGGUGAACUACUUCAGCACCUACAAACUGCAACCUCCUAAGAAUCCUGCUGCAAAGUGAAUGGGCUGAGCAGGGGAGCUGAGACUUUGUGCUUGCUUUACUUGCUGUAUCUAUAGACUUUGGUUCUCGAG